ACUUUCCUUCCAAUAGUCUUUUAACGCACUUAAAACGCCUGAAAAGAGCUAUAAAAGCCAACAGUUCUACACCUAAAUUAAGCAACGACAGUUUACUUCUUACUUGUUUUCACAAAAACAUAAUAUUUUAUGCACAAAAUGCUAAAACACAUUUUAGUUUUGUUUUUUCUUUGUUUUGUGACACAAAAUUUGUUCGCCGAUAACAGCUCCCAGGAUUUAAAUGCCGAUCUAAUAUUUCCAAACUUCUCCAUACAAGCUCUGGAUGAGUCCUACAGUUAUCGUGCUUUUCCAGGUCUUCUACGUGAUAAAACGUUUGUUGUUGUUGCCUAUAUUAAGGCAAAUUGGUUUAAAGCUCAUGAGAUUUGCGGUUAUCAAGGACUGUCAUUGGCCAGCAUCAAUACGAAAGCAGAGAAUGAUUUGUUGGAGAAAUAUUUGUCGAAUACUGGUCUCGCAUCAAACAAUGAGGAAUUUUGGCUCUCCGGUUCAAAACUUGCAGACAACAGACGAUGGGUUUGGUUAAGCAUUGGUCGCCCUAUUACUUAUAAUAGAUGGGCGUUUGGUAAACCGUUUGAAAUUCGACGUAAAAGAAGUUGUCUCUCGUUAUUGGGGAAUGGUCAGUGGAGUAAUGAUCGUUGCGAUGAUGAAAAAUAUUUCAUUUGCGAGACUCGCUGUCCGCUGACUAGUUAUGAUACACCGAUUUUUUUACAAAAGUAAUAUAGUGUUUGUAUGAAAUUUUUUAUUGUUUUUAUUGUAAUUUAUGAAGUAAGUAAUAAAGUUGUUUGAUAUAGGCUUUGGUGUUUAAGAA